AGCAGUAUGACUGUUGUUUUUCCUUUCAGCUAAGAGGAGCUGAGCUGGUGCGUGCUCGUGCAGCUCCCUCUUGAACAAGGUGUACCCCCCCCCCCAUUCUGUGCGUGCACCCCCUGUCUUGUCUGCGUGCACGCGCACGUCGCGUCCAUGGUGUUAGGCUUUCUCGCUGCUGCUCUGCUUCACUUCCUCUAUCGACCUCCUCCACUCUGCAUCUCUGCUCUCCAUCCUCCGUCUCCACCCUCCUCUUCCAUCUCCCCUUCUUCCAUCUUCUGUUUCUCCUCCUCCUCCUCCUCUUCUUCGCUUCCUUCGCGAGCUUGAUGGAUGCGGGCAGCCCAGGAGACAGGUGCCAUGCACGCUGUGUCAUCACUGAGCCCCUCCCUCUACAUCCUUAAAUGACCCGGGGCUGAGAGGUGUGUGGGGGGGAGUUGGUCCAGACCAGACCAUGGCAUGUGGCCCGCCGUGGGCAUCCAACACUGACCAUGGGACUUCGGUCCAGGACCGUCGCUAGCAGCUCAGAGGAGCACAAGAGGGAUCCACUGGACCAGAGCGGCGGUGGCGGGGGCGUGGACAAGGAUGGUGCCCUGCUGCUGGUGUCGGCGGGCCGGGAGGACUACAAGCGGGCCUCUCAGGGCAUGGCCAUUGGACUCCUGGCCAAGACCCCCCUGAACUACAGCCGGCCUGCCAAAAGGAAUAACAUCCGUAAGAGAAGGAUCCAGAACCUGAUCUACGACGCCUUGGAGAGACCGCGAGGAUGGGCGCUGCUCUACCACGCUUUCGUGUUCCUGAUUGUUCUGGGCUGUUUGAUUCUGGCCGUGCUGACCACCUUCAGAGAACACGAGAAGACAUCUGCUCAUUGGCUGGUGGUCCUGGAAACCUUCGCCAUUUUCAUCUUUGGGGCAGAGUUUGCACUGCGUGUGUGGGCGGCGGGCUGCUGCUGUCGCUACAAAGGAUGGCGAGGGAGGCUCAAGUUUGCCCGCAAGCCGCUGUGCAUGUUGGACAUCUUUGUGCUGGUGGCGUCGGUGCCGGUGGUGGCGGUGCGUAACCAAGGCAAUGUGCUGGCCACGUCCCUGCGCAGCCUGCGCUUCCUGCAGAUCCUGCGCAUGCUGCGCAUGGACCGCCGAGGAGGAACAUGGAAGCUGCUGGGCUCCGCUAUCUACGCCCACAGUAAGGAGCUGAUCACAGCCUGGUACAUCGGCUUCCUGUCUCUCAUCCUGGCAUCCUUCCUGGUUUACCUGGUGGAGAAGGACGACAUAUCAGUGGACAUGUCCAACCCGGACGACCCCACCGCUCAGCCUAAAGCUCAGGACUUUGACACCUACGCAGAUGCCCUGUGGUGGGGGCUGAUCACACUGACCACCAUUGGUUACGGCGACAAGACACCAAAAACAUGGGCAGGGAGACUUUUAGCCGGGACUUUCGCUCUGAUUGGCGUGUCCUUCUUCGCGCUGCCUGCAGGCAUUCUGGGUUCAGGUCUGGCUCUGAAAGUCCAGGAGCAGCACAGACAGAAGCACUUUGAGAAGCGCCGACAUCCAGCUGCUGGACUCAUCCAGUCAGCGUGGCGCUACUACUCUACCAAUCCAAUCAGGGAAGACCUCAUUGCCACGUGGAGGUUUUAUGAAACCGUUAUUUCUCUUCCGUGUUUCAGGAAGGAGCACCUGGAGGCCAUAGCCAGCCAGAAAAUGACACUACUGGAGCGUGUUCGCCUUCCUAAUGCCCGGCCGGCAAUGGCGGCCGUGGCGGUGGCGGCGAGCAGGAAGCUGGCGGCCAACACGGAAUCCGUGGAGGACAGUCCUUCCAAAGAACCCAAACCUGCCGGCUUUAGUAACCGGGAACGUUUCCGCACCGCCUUCCGCAUGAAGGCGUCCACGUUGCGCCAGAGCUCUGAAGACGCAGCAACCCUGCCAGAACCCGUCCUGGAGGAACGAGGCUUCCCGGCUGACAUCCUGCUGGAGGAGAUGAUUCCCACGCUCAAGCUGGUCAUCAGGGCCGUAAGGAUCAUGCAGUUCUUGUUGAACAAGAAGCGCUUCAAGGAGACGCUGAGGCCUUACGACGUGAAAGAUGUGAUCGAGCAGUACUCUGCUGGUCACCUGGACAUGCUGUGUAGGAUCAAGUACCUCCAGGCCAGGAUCGACAUGAUUCUGGCCCCUGGACCCCCCCUCACCCCCAAACAGAAGAAACCUCCCAAACCCCCCUUUAACUAUCUCACCAACCAGUCCCCCAGGCACGAGUCGUACUUCUCCAAGAGUGUCUCCAUGGCCGACACCGAGGACCAAAGCAUGAUGGGAAGAUUUGUCAGGGUGGAGAGACAGGUGGAGGACAUGGAGAAAAAGUUAGACUUCCUAGUAGACAUGCACAUCCAGCACAGCGAGCACCUGCAGGUGGACUCUGCUGGCACCGCCCACAUGACCUUGGAAGCCCCCCGCCCCGGGGCUGGAGACAUCCGCGCGGUCUUCCUCAACUACGCCGAGUCAUUCCCGCACGUGGCCUACCAAGUGCCCCUCGGCAAGGUGGGCUCGUACUACGGCUUGGGGGGUAGAGGAGGCGUCGAGGAGGCAGGAUCAGCUGCAAGAGGGCGCACCUCACAUGUCCAUCCGCGUCCACCGCCACCCACUGUGCCCACCUACGCCGAGCGUCCCACCGUCUUGCCCAUCAGCUCCCUGCAGGACAUGUCAGGGGGGCUAGGCAGGACCACAGGGGGGCGAGGGGGCGACUCGCCGCUGUCGUUGUUGUCAGUGAACCACGAGGAGCUGGAGCGCUCACCUAGCGGCUUCAGCAUCUCUGGCGAGCGGGGGGAUGAGGACGAGGACGAGGAGGGGGCGGGGGGCUUAGCUACGAGGGCCAGGGUGACCACAGAGGAGGGCGGUCGGACCCGACCUAGACCCGUGUACCUUGCAGAGGGUGAGACUGACACGGACACAGACCCCUUCACGCCCAAUGGGGGACCACUGCCGCUCUCCUCCACGGGGGAGGGGCUUGGGGACGCUGUGUGGAGCACGCCGCCCUGAGCCUCCUUCCGCUUGACCUUUAAUCCAAGCCACGCCUCCAAGCCACACCUCCACACUUGAAGCACUCAGAGGAGGUUGUCAGUGAUGUCAUCGUGAUGUCAUUGCGUGCAUGGCCAAAUGUUAACACGACGUGACGGCCAACUGCAUGUGACGCAUGACUAGCGUAGACGCGCUUCUGCUAUGCCAUUUUCUACUUUCACUUUUCUUUUGCAUGGACCGCAUGCUAGGACGCCAUCUACUGGCCAACCAAAAGUCACUGAUGUAUGCGUGUGUGCGUGUGCGUGUGUGUCAGGACUGAAAAGUAGGCGGUGCUUCACUGUCACAGUGCUGAAUGAUUGACAGCAUCAGAGUGUCAUCAAUCAAUCAAUCACGUGACGUCCAAUGUGCCAAAAUCCUCCAAAACGUCUUUCUGUUUGUCCUUAACGACCCGACACCUUUGAUUGGUCCUGAUGGAGCCGCUGACAACAAGCCAUCUUUACAAAAAAAAAAGUUUGUAGCAGCAGUCUGUUCAUCUGUCAAUCUAAUGAAUUUACAAUAUUUUGUCAAGAUUUUCUAACAAAACUUAUUUUCUACGUUUGUACGGCAAAGUCCACUCCUGAGACAAACAACAACCUAUUGUCUUCUGACCUUUACCCUUCUCGUGACCAGAAAAGACAGGAAGUGAGAGGCGGGUCCUCAGUAGCCUUCAUAGUAAUAACAACCAUAAUAAUCAUUAUAAUAAUUAUAAUAAUCACCAUUUCAUGUUUUUAGCCGCUUAUUAAACGCUACACUUAUUACCACUUAUUAGCACACUUCUUGUAGUUAUGUGACAACUUGAGUCACAUGACACCUCAGGCUUCCACUGAUUUAACACACUGGCCACUUUAUUAGGCACACCUGUUUAAAAAUAGAAACUAUUGUUCAAUGAAUGUCUUGAAAAUGAACAUUAUUAGAAUCUUCGCCACUGGAUCUCAGUAGCUGGCGUACCUAAUGAAGUGGCCGCCUUGGCGUAGAAACGCUGUAAGCUAGCUCCCAGCAUGCUUUAGAGAACCACAUUUACUCUUUUAUAUUUCAAAGUAGAAAAACUUCCUUUCCUUGUUUCACUUUGCGUUGUCAUGAUGACAGACAUUUAAUGGCGCGUAUAAUGACGUCAUAUUUAACGUGUAAUCGAGUAUUUACAUGAAGACACCUGCACAUUUUUUCCCAUGAAGAAUUUUGAAUGAGUGUUUUGUUUGUAAGCAUGCUGCAACCGACAUGCUCCAACUUCAUCACGUCCUUUCGUCAUCGUCUUAUUAUCUUCAUGUCCACGUCCAAGUGGACCUACAGCACAAACACACUUUGUCAUGUCAAAUGACCUUUAACCUUGAUUCCUUUAACUGAAAAAGCAUUUUGGCAUCAAGAAGUCAUUUUGUGUGUCAGUGCUAACAUGCUAACAUGCAGUCUUCAUGAGCUGCUUUCUUGUUCAAUUCUUUUUUUUUUUUUUAAGUUCUGUUCAUGGACCUUCCAGAAGGUUCUGGAGUGAUUUAUUGUUUUGUACCAGCACACACACACACACACACGGUAUAGUAGGUCCUGAAGGCUGCACAGGGUUCUGCUGGAGAACUAAAAGUCCAAAACGUCUUUUCUUCUCACAAAAAGCCAUAAAAUGUUCGACUGGAAGCUAAAGUGCAGCCUUGUCUGUUGUGUUUGUGUUCUGAUCCAAACAUUCAAACAUGACCUGGAACUUAUUGGACCUUUUGAUUGCUACCAAUGAUUUGUGCCUUGGCUUUUCACACUUUUGUUCUUCUUGUCGCUCUUUGGCUUUACAGAGUUGCAACAACUUCAAGGUAUGAAUUAUAUUCAUAUCCUGCUGCUAAGCUAGGCUAAAAAUCAAUAGCAACCUUGAUAUCCAACAUAUUGACAAGUGUUGGAAUGUCAUGUUUGCUUAGCGACAUAGCUAGCUAGCUCGGAUCGCAAGACUUCUCCGUCGCCAAACAAGCAAUGUCAGGCAGAGAACGUCCUAGAAGGUUUGCGAGCGACUUUGCAGCAGCAGCUUGUUUACUUUUGACAUCUCAAGACAAGAAGUGACCUUCACCUGUCAUCACCGACAUUUCCCUUCUUUUUGAUGAUAUAAUAUGCAAAUGUACUCGGACUUGUUGAUAAUAAAGGACUGAAGU